AUGGCAGUUGCGAGAGAGAAAUUUAGCCAUGACACCAAGAAGAGCAAGACAUCCACAGAUGCAGAAGCCGUAUUUUUCGCCUGGGUCGGUGCGAGGAGAUCCUGUACAGGGCAGAGGAAUGCUGCGGGGCAGCCGAAGCAAACUCUUGAGCGGCCGGGAUUUGGGGAAGGGACGCGCAGGGUAUUAACAGGCGUGCUAGGCGAGGCUGCGGUCCGCAGGGACAGAGAGCAUCCCGGCAGGCAAAGGCAGCGAGCAGUACUGGCGGGAGGGAGCGCUAAAGCCGGCAGCACGCCUGGAAUGGCUGCGAGGGGAAGGAAGGGGCUGUUCAGGCUGGAGCAGCCAGCUCGGAGGAGCCUGGGCAGCGCGGGGAAGAACACGCAGGGCAGCAGGAACGGGAGCCUCUCACCAGGCGGGAAGUCGAGGGAAGCCGGGACCUGCCCGAUCUCUGCCACACACCGACCGCCGCUAUCGCCCGCCCGCACGUACCUGCCCUGCCGCCCGGCACUGGCGAGGCGAGGCGAGGCGAGGCACGGCACGGCUUGGAACAGCUUGGCACGGCUUGGCUUGGCUUGGCUUGUCUCGGCACCGCCCCGCACCCGGGCGCGGCCACCCCACUGCCACUCCCAGCAUGGCACUUCAAGGCAGAAAGCGGCUGCUCUUGGGGAGUCUUCAGAUCAUCCUAACAGCAUGUCUAAAUCAUCAGCAGCUUCAGCUGAGGUUUUACUGAUUAGCAGUGAUUCAGAAACCGAUGCCUCUGCUUCUUACCCUGAGUGCUCCAUUGCACCUUCAAAGCAGAAAAGGAGAUCUCAAUCUUCAAGGCAACAAGCUGAAUCUGUUACAGGAGUACCUGGCAAUGAAAGCUCCUCAGAUUCUUCUCUGUCUCCCCAAAGUCCAGCGAAAUCAUUGGAAGGUUCCAAGCAGCAGAAGUCAAAACUCAAUUUGAAGGCCAUUUUUGCAUAUCACUUCAGAGGAAGGAAGUUCAAAGCCGCUGCACACCGAAAAUACAAAAUUCACUCAAAGAAGAAAAAGAAAAAGUAUGAGAGCACACAGAUGCCCACAGGGAGGCCCCCACUGACAGCCUCGCCUCAGGAACAAAAAAGGAGGCUUUUGGACAGAGGUUUUCAAUUCCCUUUUGUUGAAGAACAUUAUGGGAAGAAACAUAUUCCCUUAAAGAUGGUUCUUGGCUAUGAGCAAGCAGCUGCAAAGGGAUUUUUCAAAUAUAUUGAAGUGCUUAAAUAUGAGGAGCAUCUUAAAAAAGCUUUAAAAGCCCUUCAGGCCAGUGAUGACUUAGAAAAAGAGUGUGUGGUGUUACGGAAACACAAAUACUUAGAUGACGAAGGCCCCAUUUCCCCUAUUCAGGAGACAGAUGAUGAUGAGGACAACUUGAAUUCUGAUACUCAGGAACAACUUGAUGCCAGAGUAGUGGAGAACAGCUCUUUCAUUCUAAGUAGCACAAUUCCCAGUAAAAAAAAGUCAAAGCCAGGAGGAAAACGUGCAAAACCACCUGAAGUGAUUGAAAUAGUGGAUGAAGAAGAUGGUGCUGAAGACAACUCGGUGCCUCUGCAAGGCUCACCUCGGUGAAAAGCAGAUGAACAAAUGAGGUGGCAGUGGUUGUUCUUCAAAUGCCUCUUUCAUGAACCUCUUUGGUUUAAAACAUUGGUCUGGAGUCAGUUUUGAGCUCUCCACACAGCUGCCUUGGCACGUUUGCCUUACUUUUAUGUUGCUUUUGGAAGAUGAAAUACUUCUUGGUUUUCUUGCUGCACAAGGUAGAGAACUGCACUAGGAAGCACAUCGGGUUGUUUGAGGAGGGUAUGUGAGAUUCUGGACUCCUCACCACAAUUACCUCGGUUCAAGCUACCUGUCUCUAGAACUGGAAGCGUUGGUAACUGUCAGUUUCCUCUACUGCUAACAGGCUGUUUGCUGACCUUCUGAUUCAGGAAUCCAUUACUUGGGUGGACAUCUGUGCAACAUGGUGUAGCAAAAGAGGGGCAUUCCUGUGAUGUGUGGAACAGAUUGGAAAACCUCUACACAAGUGAAGUGCACCUGAAGUCCAGUCUGAACUAGCAUCUUGGUCCUUAGAGAAAGUCAAGGAAGAAAUACAGGAUGCCAUUUCACAGAAGUCUGAAGCUGAUUUGAGGGUGCCUGAUGAUACAGAACAGAGUGAAAUGCCCUGAGUUAAAAAAAUGGAAGCAACCUGUUUGACAGUUCCUAGGGACUGCUGCCAAGUUGCUGUGUGUCAGAGGGGGAUGAGAAACACCACGUGGGAGCUACAAAAAUCCUGGUGAUGUUGCUUGCUGCAAGCCUGCUGCAAAGAACUGCACAGCUGUUCCAAAUGAAGAACCUUCUCUAGAGUGUUCAUUGUAGUUUUUUUGGAAUUAAACAUUCAUUUUAAUGGUAGUACAUGUUGUGAUUUGCCCUCCUGGAAGCUGUGGUGAAAGUGCCUGUUGAGUGUUGUAGAAGCCCCAGCUAAACUGAGAGUAUAGAGGUGACUGGAAGUGGCUUUAUCAGGUCUUUUCCCUCACUUCCCCAUCACUGAACUCACCUGUAACAAAACCCUCCUUAUUCUGUACAGAAUAUCACAGCAUUUAUAUAAAACUGGGGGCUCUGUAUUGCA